CUCGCUCGUGGCUGAAGCGGCUUCACCUGAGUUUGUUACCUGGCGACCAGCAAACAGCUUAGACGUGUUCGUUCUCCGUCUCGUGGUCUUCCACUCAGCAUAUUCGAAAUUUUUGGGAAAUGCCUCAUCGCUCAAUGCAAAUGUGGCGUACUCUGUGGCUGACGGCCCUCUGCUGCGGAUUAGCCCAGGGUAAAGGCUCCCACAAGGUGCACUGCUCAGAGGAUCAGAUGAGGGUGGACAUUGGCCUGCCGGCCGCAGAGAAGGACCAGAGCCCAGCACAGAUCUACCUGGAAGGUCUCAAGGGAUAUCCAGAUGAGCGCUGCCAGCCGCAGAUCGAUGGCUCCCUGGCCGUCUUCCGUCUUUCCCUCAGCGACUUCUACGAGUGCGGAGUCACGCGCAUGGUCAACCAGUUAACAGGCAAGAAAGUGUACUAUCAUAAAAUCAUCAUCGAAUCGGCCAGCAGCAAGGAGAUUGUCAGCGUCAAAUGCAUCACCACCACCAGUGGUCCCGUCUAUAAUGUCAUGAUGAAUGCCACCAGUACCACGACCAGCGCCAGCGCCAGCGUCAACUCCAACUCUAACUCUGGACGCGGCCUGGUCAAACGCGAUGUGCUGCCGGCGGGUUUCCAGGAACCAGAGGAUCUGGAGAUCACCACGUCGCUGACCAAACGAGCCCCAGAGCCGCGUCUCUCCAUUGGCGUUAGCCAGGAUGGCCAGAAGUUUACCAGAGAUUUGACAGUCAAGUCGGGAACUCCUUUGACCAUGGAAAUCAACUUGGACGAGGACUCGGCACCUGUCUAUGGCUUGGGUGUAAACUAUCUGGAUGUCACGGACACGCACACCUCCUCGGAAACAUUGAUCUUCAAAGGAUGCACUGUGGAUCCCUAUCUGUUCGAGAACUUCAACACCAUCGACGGCGACAUUUUGAGCGCCAAGUUCAAGGCCUUCAAGUUUCCCGACUCCUCGUACGUGCAGUUCCGAGCCACGGUGAAUGUGUGCCUGGACAAGUGUCUGGGCACGCAGUGCUCCAACAACCAAGUGGGCUUCGGCAGACGCAAGCGGGAGAUCAGCUCGGCGAAUAAGGUCUACGAGAUUUCGUUGGCCAUGUUCCUGCAGGUCAACGACAUCGAGGGAGUCAACAAGAAUGAGGUCCUGCAGCUGGAGGAGAAACUGCGGGAGUUGAAGCUGGCCAAUCAGCGCCUGGCCCGCAACAGUCGCGGCAACUUUGUCGGCAGCUCUGUGGAGCAGACGCCUGCCAGCGCUGUGCCCGCCUUUGUGGUGGACGAGCGAGAGCUAGGACAUCUUAGUUCGAGUGCGGCCGGUCUGUCCCUGGCCUGUGUCUGGACGCUUCUCUGCGCCCUGAGUUGGCGGCUGAUGUAAAAUCCAUUGGCCCACAAACACACCCACACACACACACACACACACACGGACAGGGCGAGCUGUAAAUCUCUCAAGUGGCUGGCGAGCGGAAGAGCGAGGAAUGUUAAUCAGGUUGGAAUUGCGUGCAGAGUGGCAAUGAAGGAAGGAAGGAAUAUUAAUGUACUACCUACUACUAAUAUACACCUAUACAACUUUGUGUAACUGCCAUUUACAAAACGUAAUUAACUUUAAAUGAAUGCGGUAAAUUAAGUUUUCAACGACUUAUGGCAGGCAGGCGACAGACAGACAGACAACAGUGAUUCUUAUAAAAAUACACACACACACACACUUAAAUAUAUAUACACACAUAAAAACAGAUUUGGAAAAACGUGAACUCGGUCUAACUCGUAAGCACCUACUAGUCUCCUAAGUGUAACUGUUAAGCUAAUUUAAAUAACGACUAAACCUAAAUGAAUUAAUGAAAUAAACGAAACUCUGAAAAGUUUGAGUUCAUUGUA